AUGGAAGGCCGUACGAAGAGAGUCCUGGCUAGCGACCGCAUCAAGAAUGGGGCUCAUCCGACCAGACGCGCAGACGCAGCGGCGGGAAAUGCCUCGCGAGACAAUGUUGACUGUCACCCGAAACGAGCGAAUCGACAAUUACAGCCCGAAAGACAAUUCGAAGCUAACGGAAAAGAUAUCCACCGAAUGCCACAACAUCGGAGCUGUCGACCAACGCAUCUUGCGCCGCGAUCGGGUCAAACCAGUCGGAAUGACACGCGGAAGAAGAAGCAACGUACGUUCCAAGUGCGGACCAAAAUCAACACGGAAUGA